AUUUAAUGUUCACUGUAGAAAUCAUUGCCAGAUUGUUUGUUUAUGCGAGUGUGUGCCGGGGGCAGCGUACCAGAGAGACAGCUGACAGGAAGAGAAGACCAUUUGCAGCAGACUAUUGACUUUUGCAUGACCAGAAUGUCUCAACCUGCACAGGAAGAUGAACAAGCGCAGCGCCCUGUAGUGAGAGAAGAGGACCUGGCUGAAGCAAAGACCAAACUUGGUGGUAGUGGGUCGGUGAAGAGCAAGACCUUUGAAGUGAUGGAGGAGUGUGAGAAAAUGGGUAAAACAGCUCCCUCCGUGUUCAGUGGAGCGAGAUCUGGAGCAGAGACUGCUUUCAACACUCGCUCGGCUCGACAGGUCAGGAAGUAAAGGGGAAACUCCCUCGGCACGGAUGAACAACACUUCUUCCAUGUUAAGUGCAGAGGAUCACUCGUUUUCUUUGGUGUAAUUCAGCCUGUUUGAAUUGUUGCCAAAGUCUCUUUUUCUUGCAACUACUACCAGCUGAGAGAUGCCAAAUAAAGCUAUUAGCUAAAA